AUGGCGGACGCUGCUGCGGACCCCACCGCCAAGUUGGCCGAGUCGACGGCCAAGCUCCAGCUCGACGAGGAGACGGGAGAGAUGGUCAGCAAGGGCGAGCUGAAGAAGAGACUGGCAAAGCGAGCGAAGAAGGCCGCCACGGAAAAGGCAAAGGCUGCCAAGGACGCUGUCGCAAAGGCUGCCGGUGCUGGCGACAGCAAGCCCGCCGCGAAGCCCAAAGCUAAGCCUGAGGAGGUCGUCCUCGACCCGGAGGCCAUGUUCAAGCAGGGCUUCCUCCAGGAGGUCUACAAGGAGAGGCCGUCGGAGAAUGUCGUGACGCGUUUCCCUCCCGAGCCCAAUGGCUACUUGCACAUUGGCCAUGCCAAGGCCAUCGCUGUCAACUUCGGUUUCGCCAAGCAUCACGGAGGUGUCUGCUACCUGAGAUUCGACGACACGAACCCCGAGAAGGAGGAGGAGAGAUAUUUCACGGCCAUUGAGGAGAUGAUCAGCUGGCUGGGUUUCACACCGUACAAGAUCACGUACUCGAGUGACAACUUCCAGAAGCUGUACGAUUUGGCAGAGAAGAUGAUUACGUUGGAGAAGGCAUACGUAUGCUACUGCGGUGAUACCGAGAUCAAGCUCCAGCGUGGCGGUGAGAAAGGCGCUUCCCCUAGGUUCCGAUGCGAGCACGCGAACCACACCGUCGAAGAGAACCUGCAGAAAUUCAGAGAUAUGAAGGACGGCAAAUACAAGCCUAGGGAAGCAUUCUUGCGCAUGAAGCAGGAUAUCACCGACGGCAACCCCCAGAUGUGGGAUCUCGCCGCAUACCGCAUCAAGACCGACACGCCGCACCACCGCACCGGAUGGGACUGGAAGAUCUACCCGACAUACGAUUUCACGCACUGCCUGUGUGAUAGCUUCGAGGGCAUCACUCACUCACUCUGCACGACAGAGUUCGUCCAGAGCCGUGUCUCGUACGAAUGGCUCAACAAGACCCUCGGCGUUUACGAGCCGAUGCAGCGCGAGUACGGUCGUCUAGGUAUCACGGGUACUGUCUUGUCAAAGAGAAAGAUUCUCAAGCUGGUUGAGGAGAAGAUUGUGCGUGGCUGGGACGAUCCACGUCUGUACACUCUGAUCGGCAUCAAGCGCCGUGGUGUGCCCCCUCGCGCGAUUCUCGACUUCGUCAAUGAGCUGGGAGUCACGACGUCUGUCUCUGUCAUUCAGAUCAAGCGUUUCGAGCAGACGGUGCGCAAGUACCUAGAACGAACUGUUCCCAGAUUGAUGAUGGUCUUGGAUCCCAUCCCGGUUGUCAUCGAAGAUGCCGAGGCUACUGACGUAGAGCUCGCCUUCUCUCCCAAGGACCCCAACAUGGGUUCGCACACGAUCAAGUUCACCCCGACCGUCUAUAUCGAUCGCGCCGAUUUCAGAGAGAUCGACAGCAAGGAUUACUUCCGUCUUGCACCCAACAAGACCGUCGGUCUGCUCAACGCCCCCUUCCCCAUCAAGGCUACUUCCUACACCAAGGAUGAGGCGACAGGAAAGGUCACCGAGAUCCGCGCCGUCUACGACAAGGAGACGAAGAAGCCCAAGGCCUUCAUCAACUGGGUCGGUACCGAGGGUUCCAAGAAGGCCGAGGCCCGUAUUCACAACUCCUUGUUCAAGAGCGAGAAGCCCGACGACGCCGAGGGCGGUUUCCUCAACGACAUCAACCCCGAGAGCGAGGUCAUCUACCCCGACGCGCUCAUCGAGAGCGGUUUUGACGAAGUCAAGAGACGUGCACCUUGGCCUGAGGCUGCGGGUGAGAGCGAGCUCGGCAAGGGCGGACCUGAGAGUGUUCGUUUCCAGGCGACGCGCAUUGCCUACUUUGCCAUUGAUUCUGACAGUACCGAUGAGAAGAUUAUUCUCAACCGUAUUGUGUCGCUGAAGGAGGAUGCUGGAAAGGUUUAA